UUUUUUUUUGGUCUUCUCCCUCCCCUUCUCCAGAGUCCUUUCCCACCCUUUCCAUCGGUCUUUUGACCAAUCGGUUGCGUCCCUCAGGCUUUUCAACCAAACUGAGAUAAGAGCCGCUUAGACAAACAGCGGAGUAAUUGUGGCGGUGAGCAACCCAGCGGUGGAGAGGCCAAGCUUCUAAAGAAGGUUGAUCUCUAGAACUGAACGGAGGGUGGGGGGGAAACGAAACAGCCCUCCUUGGACAGGCGAUCCGAGAAAAAGAAACGCCAUGCAGCUAAACUCUUGCCGUCUCCGGAGCCCAAGGAGGGGAACACCCGGGUAAGAAGUGCCUGAAAAGACUGAUGGGACCGUCAUGGCCUCCAGCUUCAUGUUCUUCGUGUCCAUCCUGAUCUACCUCACUUCCUUCAUUGGCAUGAUCGGCAACCUCAUUGUCCUCUUCGCCUUCCUGACCCACGCCGUCCGGCGUAAAGCCCUCCAGCCUCUGGACCGCAUCAUAGUCAACAUGGGCUUGGUCAACUUCUUCCUCUGUUGCUACAAAGCCAUUCCCGGGAUGCUGGUUUUCGGCAGCACCAGAGUCUUCGGGGAAGAGGGGUGUAGGGUUCUUCUGUACACCUACCACACUCUGAGGCUGGUCAGCAUCUGGUCGGUGGAAAACCUGAGCAUCCUCCACCUCAUCAAGAUCCGGAGGCCCAGCUGCCGAUGGACGACGCUCAUCCACAGGCAUCAAUCACGCUACGUCAACGGGACCCUCGUGGGUUGUUGGGUGGCCAGUGUCCUCCUGCAGAUCCCUUAUUUGCAGUAUGAGAAGACCGGCGGUCAACGGAAUCAGACCAUCGCCUUCUUGGCUACUUCCACUUGCUUGAAAUCCACGGAAAGCUUCGCCAUGAAGUUUAGCACCUACGCCUCCAUCGGCCUCGACAUGGUCCUCAUUCUCUUGGUGGUCGUCCUCAACGGCUUCAUCGUCGACCUUCUCUGGAAGCACCACAGGAAGGUGAAAGCGUCGUCCUCCGCCGCCGCAGCGGGGAGCAGGUGGAAUAAGCACACGGCCCAGGCCACCAAGAUCCUGCUCUCCUUGCUCUCCAUUUACGUGGUUUGCUGGAUCGCCAACGACAUGGUCUGGCUCACCAUCGUCCUGGGAUACAACAGGAACAGCACGGAGAGCAGCUUCCUGAAUGGCGUGUACGGCGUGCUCUCCUCCAUAUAUUAUUCCGCCAGCUCGUACGUGAUGGUCUUUGGGUACAAAAAGGUCCGCGAAUACCUCGCAGAAACGUGCUGGUGUUUGAGAUGUAGAAGGACCACGGUGGCUCAAGCUGUCUCUUUGGCGGAUGCGCUUCCCAGAUGACGGAGAAGCUCUCCCCGGAGGACGGCUCAACACUUGUCCUUCGAAGCGUCGUAAUGUUGGUCCUCGGUGGAGAAAUAGCAACAGCACUUAGACUUAUGUACCGCUUCACAGUGCUUUUACAGCCCUCUCUCGUUGGUUUACG